GGCGGGGCUUCACUCUCCCAGGGCCCAGGGCGGACAGCGGCAGGAGGGGUUUCUACCACCUCGGUGUCACCCAACUUGUCCCCUGUCUGGGAGGCGGGGAGUCCGGGGGGUUGGCUCCUCCUUCUGUAGCCUCGGCUAGGUGGUCGCAAUACUGCCCCCAGCCUUAGCUUGAGCCUGACUCUCAGCACCUGCCACCAGCCUCAGCUCAGCCCCCCGGCCCGCCCUCCUCCUCCUCCUCUGAUUGCAGAGACUCGGGGAGGAGGAGGAGAAAAAGACAGAGGAAGAAAAAGGAGGCGGGAGCUGGAGCAGCUGGGCCAGGGGUGGCCUGGCUCUGGAACCUGUCUAGUGCCCAGUGCUUCCCCCUCUGCGAAGCUGAGUCCCAGGGCGGUGUCUCUUCUGCAGGUAAAUGGAAGAUCUGGAGAAUAAUUUAUUACAGACAAGAAAAGCACAUAGAAUAGAACAAAUGGUAGCAAAAUGGCUCAGACGAUCUCGGGAUAAUUCACCAAGGCGGAGGAUUUCCUUACCAGAUAAUUCCUCUGGGGGCCUUACUCAAACACUGACCUCUGUGAAGCAUACAGUCAAGAUAGACAGAGAUGUGUUCCUGGGUGACUAUGGAUUUCAUAUUUCCCAAAGCCUUCCCCUGAGUGUCUCCUCAGUUAUCACAGGAAGCACAGCUGAUGGGAAACUUCUGCCAGGUGAUCAAAUCCUCCGGAUGAACAAUCAGGCCGUGGAUGACCUUUCCUAUGAACAAGCACUUGAUAUUUUAAGGGAAACAGAAGAUUCUCUUUCCAUCACUGUUGCUCGAUGUACUUCGGGUGUCCCUAAGUCUUCCUUUCUAACUGAAGAGAAGAGAGCCAGAUUAAAGACCAAUCCUGUUAAAGUACAUUUUGCUGAAGAAGUACUAGUGAAUGGCCAUUCUCAGGUCUGGGAAUGCUUACUAUGUAUGCCCAAUGUUCUCAAGGUGUACUUGGAAAAUGGACAGACCAAAGCUUUCAAAUUUGAGAAAAACACAACUGUGAAGGAUAUUAUCCUCACUGUGAAGGAGAAACUGUCCAUCCGUAGCAUUGACCACUUUGCUCUUGCUCUUGAAGAACAGUAUAAUAUCUCCAAGUUGCACCUUCUUCAUGAAGAUGAAUUCAUUGAGCAGGUGGUACAAAGAAAAGAGUCACAUGAUUACAGAUGCCUUUUUAGACUGUGUUUUGUCCCAAAGGAUCCACUGGAUCUCCUGAAAGAAGAUCCAAUUGCCUUUGAAUAUCUCUAUUUGCAGAGCUGCAGCGAUGUGCUUCAGGAAAGGUUUGCGGUUGAAAUGAAAUGCAGUUCUGCAUUACGGCUAGCAGCAUUGCACAUUCAAGAACGGAUUUAUGCUUGUGCCCAGCCACAGAAGAUCUCUUUGAAAUAUAUAGAGAAAGACUGGGGAAUAGAGAAUUUUAUAUCUCCAACUUUGCUCCGGAACAUGCGAGGCAAAGAUAUAAAAAAAGCCAUUAGCUUUCAUAUGAAGAGGAAUCAGAGCUUACUGGAGCCGAGACAAAAGCAACUCAUAUCUGCUGCACAACUGCGUCUGAACUAUCUUCAAAUCCUUGGAGAACUGAAAACAUAUGGGGGAAAAAUUUUUAAUGCCACAUUAAUGUUACAGGAUAGAGAAUCAUACAUUGCACUUCUGGUUGGAGCCAAGUAUGGAAUCAGCCAGAUUAUUAACAGUAAACUCAACAUCAUGUCAACACUGGCAGAAUUCUCAAACAUUAGCCAAGUCGAGCUGAUGGAAGAGUCGGAGAAAGUGAGCAUGGUCAAAAUUUAUCUUCAGGAUGUCAAGCUUCUCACUCUGUUGCUGGAGUCUAAUAGUGCUAAAGACCUUGCCUGCCUCAUUGCUGGUUACUAUAGACUGUUUGUUGACUCAACUGCCUCCAUAUUCCUCUGGGGUAGAAAUAAACAAGUUCAUCGGAUUUCUGCUGAAGAAGGUUACGAAUCCAGAACCUGCAGUGACUCAGAGGAAUCCUCGGAAGUUGACUCUUCCCUGGAGUUCCUUUCAGACAGACACCUGGUGAAAUUUGACCACAUAACACCCCUUUGUGAAGAAGAAGAACAGGACAUGCUCAGUGAGCAGAAAAAUGUGAGUGUCACCCCACCUGAGGCUGAGAAGAGCACGUGCAAUGGAGUUAACAAUGUCACAGACAACAUCUCCGAGGGCUCUGAUUCGGCCAACACAGAGAGCAGGGGCUGCAAAACCAGUGGCUCCAGUGAUUCCAUGGACGCCCUGGAAGAGGAUGACUUAGACGCCUGCUCCUCCAGCAGGCCUGAGUUUUUCCAUUUUCACACACCCAACUUUAAAGAAAGUCUGGAUAAAAACAAACCGCCCCAUUCUCUGGACAUGAAGGAAGAAAGAGGACAAAUUGAAACCGAUGGCUUCCUUUGCCUCCUGGAGUUAUCCCAGAGGGCCAAUACUGAGCUCCAAAAGACCGAGUUCUCCAACUAUGCAAGUGACCUUAAAUCUAGCCCAGGAAAUGAUCUGAAUGCAUCCACAGUGGACCCCAGAUUAUAUGACAGCAGCAGCAUGGAGUAUUACAAUCUGUGUUCUAAUGUGUCUCCUGCCAGCAUACUGAGCAACAGCUCUGAGAGCAGUUCUUCUCGGAAUGGUCCUUCUCGGCCAGUUCAGGACAAGAAAAUCUGGAAAACUGUUUCAGCCUCAGUGGUAGAAUCUCUUCUUUUAACUCCUUCCCCAAGUUUUGAAGAUACCAGCUCAGAUGACGAAUUUUAUGAUGCAGCUGAUAAACUGACACCCUCAGAGUCCCUCUCAGAUCAUAGCAUGGUUCCUACUGAGGAAUGGAGUGAUCUGGGGUCUAAAAUUAAAAAGAGAGAGAGCUCAGAAGGUGGCCUGACUCCAAGACCACAGAAAAGAGAGCACAGCAGAAGAAUGGGGGUGAAGAAAUAUGCAAAGACCCUGAGAAAAAGAAGGUCUUUUUUACAAACUGACUACACAUCUCAGGUUACCUUUCCUUUGGCUCCAUCAUACUCCCUGGAAAGUGUCGACCACAUGUGCUACUAUGAACGGGAGCCCUGUCUUUCCUUUGUCUCUCACUCCCCAACUGUGUCAUCAUUACAAGACAUGCAAGGAGAGCCCGGUCUUCUUGAAACUAAGGCCCUUCACUUACUGACUCCUCCAAGGGAAAACAAAAGUAAAAAUCACUCCCCAAAUUUAAUGGAAAUGGAACCGGAAACAAUGGAGACCAAAUCAGUCAUAGAUUCCUUCGUUUCUUCCAUUUCAGCAGUUCGCCUCAGGAUUGACCCAGAAAAUAAAGAAAAUUCUAGUGUUGCUCCUUUGACUCCAAGCAGUGUCCCUCAUCAUCUGUCUUCAGAUUUGUGUAAACAAAAUGACCCAUCAGAUCCUUCUGAAAAAACCUUUCAACUUCACGAUGGAAAUAGCAGGGUUUGCCAUGAUCAAAUGGCAGGGACUCAGAAGUGCUCCUCUGACCCCUCUAACAUUCUUCCAGGAACCAAAGACAAUUUGACAAUCAGCCUGGAACAACAAGAAGUAGCAAAAGGAAUCCCAGGGGUCAAUACAGAAUCACAAUUUGAAAUGGGAUUCAGGAACCCAAUACAGGAAACAAUCCAAAAAUGCUCAGAACCUUUGUUUUCUUUGGGGGAUCAAUCUAGAAAUAAUGACUGUGUUAAAAAUUCAGGAGGGGAAGUUCCUUUUUCUGCUAUCAAAAACCAAGGAGGGGAAGGACUCAUGCAACCUUUUUUGGGAAGUGGCCAAGAGACAGGUUUUCCUAUCUGUGAUAUCAACCAGAACAGUGGUGUUUUAUUUCAGGAGGAACCCAGAAAAAUUCUGGAUGAAGACCUAAUUACUGUUACAGAUAAAAAGGCCUUAGCUAAUGUUCGGCUGCCUUCUGAGAUCAAUGAUCUCUCUGGUGAGAUAGCCCCUCUCUCCAAGAGGCAGGCAUUUGGAACAGAAAUGAACAACCAAGGAUCACUAUGGCACAUGCAAGAAGGCGGCAGAGAAACAGCCCUCCUGGUUAAUACAGACCAAACCAGCCUCCCCGAAGAGCAGGAGCUAUUAAUGUCAGAGAAGCAUUUAGAAUCCCAUGCCUUUACUGAGCCCCUGUCUGUUUCAUCCGGCUUGCAGACAUUUCACAAAGGGAGUUCUGCACCUGAGCAUCUUGACAGUGAAAUGAAGGGAAAGGUGACCCCUAGUGUUGUUCUCAUACCUGUGGAUUUUAACCAGGGGCAAUCCCUGCAGAAUCCACCUUCGUGUCCUCUGGGAGAUGCUUUCAGGCAGGGAACAGAUUACACCGUAAAGAAACUGAAAUGUCCCAACUAUUUUCCCAGUGCACGAGGUGAUAUCUUAGAAAUGGAAAAGGAAAGCCUCAGUAUCAUGCCUCCUUCUUCAAAGAAACCUCUCCUGUGUUUUGUUCAUAAAAGCAAUCCUGAUGUUUCCAUGAAUCACAAGUCAGAUUGUCCUUUGGAUUUUGCAGGGGUGAAAGACAUGAUCUUACCCAAAAUGGGGAUGGAACAGUGCAGCUGUCAGUUAUCCUAUGCCACUUGUUUUCGUGGCUCAGACCCUGAGAUGGAUGAUGAGAAUUCCGAUUUGGAAACACCUCUCUCAGCCCCUCUCACAACUCCCCCUUCCUCGGGUAGCCAAUCCUCUAUGCACUGGAGACCCGGGCUCACCAGAAGCAACAGCUGCAGCAGUAGUGUGCCCCAUCUAAGGAAUAACUGCCUCUGGUCUGAAUAUUACACCAAAAUUGAAAACCAAUUGAAAGCUGGACUCUGCAGAUCCCCAGAUGGUUUUUGCCAGCUCCUGAAUCACGUGGUAGAAUUACAGGAUAUUUUAGAACGGUUUGGAGGAAAUGGGAACAAACACCCCCAAGACAAAUGUGCCUGGUACUUUUCUGAAAACAGGAAUAGUCUCUGUACAGGAUCCCAGAAGCUCAUGUCUAGCUGUCAGCAUGUGAUUAAAAUCAACCAGUCCCCGGAAGAAAUGCAGAGUGCUGUGCAAGAAACUUUCCGAAACCUUAUCCAGCUGAUGGGAUUGUGCUUCCAGUUUACAAACUGUGGCCGCUGCGUGAGGACGCACAAAGAUGUAAUGGUGAACCUCAAAGACAUUGUUUGCGCCUACUAUCAGUUUGCCCAGGCAGCAAAGCUGACCUGUGAGAGAGGCUAUCGAGAUUUAAGUGUAAAACUGUUAGCACGCCAGUGCACUGCCCUCACAGCAGCUGUAUUCUGCCUCACCCAGAAGUUCCGGGCGUCCAUGGCCCUAUGACCGGCACCCCACUAGCCCAGUGACAUCUUAUUCCUUGGUCAUGUCCCUCAGAAAUAACCCACAAGUAUUUACUGUCUAGAGAGCUAUCACAAUAAACACCUUGAUGUUUAACAGCAGUCUCAA